GUGUGUUUGUGUCUCCUCAGGUGUGUUGGUGUCUCCUCAGGUGACCUUCUGUCUGUAACACACCCCCCCCCCUCCCCAGGUGUGACCAUGCCCUGGCUCGUCUCCUCUCAGGUGGACUUCCUGUCCUCGUCUCCGUCUCAGCGUGAGUGUGAACGGACGUCCUUCUCGUUCUACUGCUCGGUGCGGGACCUUCUGCCGGUGUGGCUGCUGGAGGAGCAGCGCAGCAUGGAGACGUUCAGCUGGGAGGACGGGCCUCGAGGCUUCCUCCCUGCGGAGGCUCUGCUGUACGCUGUGGUUCACGACCACCAGGACUACGCCUCCUUUUUGCUGCAUCACUUCUCCGUCAGCGCGCUCAGAGCGCCGCCCUGCAGUUUCUGCUGCUGCAGCGGAGGGGCGCCGCACCUCAGCGUGGCCGUGCGCUACGACCGGCUGCACAUCCUGGCUCUGAUGCUGGAAGCUCUGAAGGACUGCAGCGAGAGGCGGGACUUCCUGGACGGCUGCACCGGCUGCUCGCAUGCUGCGGACGCAGGGAAGAGUGCGGUGCAGCUGGCGGUGGAACUGUCUCGCUCCGACUGCCUGCUGCUGCUGCUGAGUCACGGUGCUGCGCCCGCAGGCCUGGAGGCCGUGCUGCAGCGCCUCAGCAGCGCCUCAGAGCUCAGCUCCUGCGAAGCCUCAGAGCUCAGGCAGGCGCAGCGCUGCAUGGACUUCCUGCUGCUCUUCCUCCCCUCGCCCCCCCCGAUCUGCUACCUUCAGGACGAGCCGCAGCGCUGGCAAAGCCUUCUGGGAAACGAAGUCUUCAGGUGGCUGUCUGGCCUGGCUCCGCCCCCCCUCUUGCUGCAGGCCCUGAGGUGUUUGGCCCGGUCCGGCCCGGGUCAGAUCAGCGCACUGCCUGACUUCUUGCAGCAGCACAGCUGGCAGUGAGGUCAUCGUCACCAUGGAAAUGGUGUGCUUAUGAUGUAAAUAAAUGUAAAUAAAGACUGAAACACGGAAGGAUACCCGGCGGGCUUCAGGACCCUGAACAGACUGAAUGAUUGGCUCCUCCCUCUGAUGGACCGUUAGAUGGAGACAUCUAUAUUAAAGUGCUUUAUGAUAAAUGGGUCAUAUUGAUCUUCACUAUUAUUCAUGUUAAAUUAAAUACUCUAACAUCUUAAAACAUGUCAGAAUCUACCUGUUGAACAAAGAAGAAACGUAGGGUUA